UUCAAGCACCUUGGUCAUGCAGAAGCCACUUUUAUCGUAUCCACACUAUCUCCCGACUGCGAAGUUUAAUGUACGGCGCCUGUCGCCCUCUCCCAAGCAUCCGCGUCGAGGAGUCUGGGGAGAGACGAUAGGCUCCGUGGUGCAACCCGAACUUCGCUGUCGUGUAAUCGGCCAGAUGGCGAAGUUCGCAACCAAAGCGACCUGUUGCAUAUUUCCACAGGAACACUUAUCUUCGACGCCAGAAACAAGAGGGCUGUGAAGUGUCAAUGCGAAAAUGGCCUACCUAAGAAAAAUGCCUGCUACCAAGAUGCUAAAGCAUAUUGGCCCUCGGUUCCUUGGGUUGAGAUACCACUCUUCAAAUAUAACAAGUUCCGUGCCUUACGAAACCCUUAAAAACAAGAAAGUUGACUCUCCUACCGCAGUGCCUUCUUCAGCAGAUGUUGUCAUUAUUGGUGGUGGUAUCAUUGGCUGCAGCACACUUUAUCAUCUCACGAAGAUGGGCUGCAGUAAUGUUGUACUGCUUGAGAAGGACCAUUUGACUGCUGGAACAACAUGGCAUACAGCAGGGCUUAUAUGGAGGCUGCGACCAAACGACACCGACAUUCAGAUAUUAAAUCACACCCGACAUCUCCUUAUGAAUGUCUUAGAAGCAGAGACUGGUGUUCAUCCUGGAUUUAUUAACAAUGGUGGCCUUUUUAUUGCUAAUUCAAAAGAGCGCCUCGACGAGUACAAGCGGCUGAUGACGAUAGGCAAGGCCUUUGGUAUAGAAUCAUAUGUCCUUAGUCCAGAAGACACGAAGAAGUUGUACCCAUUAAUGAAUGUUGAUGACCUGUAUGGAACUUUGUACAGCCCUGGCGAUGGUACUGUUGACCCUGCUGGGUUCUGCACAGCCCUUACAAGGGCAGCCACUGCUACCGGAGCAAAGGUGAUUGAGAAGUGCCCUGUGGUGGGAGUGGAAACAACUGUGGACGACUUUGGUACAAGGCGGGUGUCCGGAAUCCAGACAGCAGCUGGAACAAUAAAAACUAAAGCACUUGUCAACUGCACAGGAGCCUGGGCACCAACUGUUGGCGCCAUGGUGGGCGUGCCGGUACCCCUGGUUGCCAUGAAGCAUGCCUAUGUGGUCACGAACCGUAUUGAGGGCAUUCAGAACAUGCCCAAUGUUCGGGAUCAUGACCUUUCCCUUUACCUUCGCCUCCAGGGAGAUGCCCUCUCAGUUGGAGGCUAUGAGCCCAAUCCAAUCUUCAUCGACCAGUUGCCCCAAGACUUUGCCUUCGGACUCUUUGACCUCGACUGGGAUGUAUUUGGGACUCACAUAGAAAGUGGUAUACACAGAGUUCCAGUGCUGGAGCAUACAGGCAUCAAAUCGACUGUUUGCGGACCUGAGUCUUUUACGGCAGACCACAAGCCUCUCCUUGGUGAAGAGCCAUCUCUUCGAGGCUUUUUCCAUGGUUGUGGAUUUAACAGCCUCGGCAUGAACGGUGGCGGUGGAUGUGGCAGGGAGCUAGCUGCAUGGGUGUUGCAAGGAAGGCCCAACCUGGACAUGUAUGGUUAUGACAUCCGGCGCUUUUCCCCUUCACUGACCAAAAACAACCAGUGGAUUCGAGAACGAAGUCAUGAGUCAUAUGUCAAGAACUAUUCCAUUGUCUAUCCGAAUGAUGAACCUCUUGCCUCAAGAAACAUGCGGAAAGAUCCUUUGCAUGAGGUUCUUUCCCAGGCAGGCUGUGUGUUCCAAGAGCGACUGGGUUGGGAACGACCUGGUUGGUUUGCUAAAGACAGCCCUGCACCUGUUUUUGCUUACGAUUAUUAUGGCAGCUAUGAGAAUGAGAAACACAAGGAUUACACCUAUGAGGGCAGGUUGAAAUUGGAUUACACUUUUGAUUUUCCAGGCCAUCAUAAGAUUAUCAAGGAAGAAUGUCUGAGUUGCCGAAAGAAUGCGGCCAUCUUCAACAUGUCGUACUUUGGAAAAUUUUACAUUACCGGACCUGAUGCUCAAGCUGCGACAGACUUCAUCUUUAGCAACAACAUGUGCAAGCCAGCAGGUUGGAUCACACUCUUUUGUGAGAAGGUUCUUCGUGUGACCCCCAAAUUUAAUGGUGAUGGAUUUUACGUGGCAGCUGCUGGAGCGAGUGCUAACCACUGCCUUGCUCACAUUCGCUCUGUUGUACAAGAUCACAAGUUCAAUGUUUCUAUUGCGGAUGAGUCUGAAGCGAUGGGGAUGCUCAGCAUACAAGGUCCAAAAAGCCGUGAAAUCUUGCAAUCACUCACCGACACAGAUCUUUCAAACACUUCUUUUCCCUUCUCCACGAACAAAGUCAUCAAUUUUGCUGGACACAAGGUCCGAGCCAUACGUUUGACAUUUGUGGGUGAAAUGGGUUGGGAGCUGCAUAUUCCAUCAGCAUCAUGUGUUCCUGUUUAUACAGCCAUUGUCCAAGCAGGCAAGGCUUUUGGUCUUGUGAAUGCUGGGUACCGAGCCAUCGACUCAUUAAGCAUGGAGAAAGGCUACAAGCACUGGCACGCCGACCUGCGCAUGGAGGACACGCCGCUGGAGGCUGGCCUGGCCUUCACGUGCAAGCUCAAGUCGGACGUGGACUUCCUGGGCCGGGCGGCGCUGGAGCGGCAGAAGGCUGAUGGCUUGCGCAAACGCAUCGCCUUCUUCACGCUGGACGAGAACGUGGCGCUGCACGGACUGGAGGCGAUUUGGCGCGACGACGAGGUGGUGGGCUUUACUCGACGCGGCGAGUACGGCUUCGCCCUGGGCCAGAGCCUGGCCUGCGGCUACGUGAAGCGGCCCGACGGCGCUCCGGUGUCAUCAGACUACCUGGCGUCUGGUAACUACUGGCUCGAGUCUCUGGGCCGUCGGUUCAAAGCCACCUUCCACUCCAAGGUGCCCUUCGAUCCGGCCAACAAGAGAGUCAAGGGCGUGUACGACGAACCGCUGCCCUGCGACAGCCGCGCCUGAAGAAGCCUGCUGCGCUCGGAGGGCGUCUCUGGGUGCCCGCUGUGUGAGACGCGUUUACACUUGGUGACAGCCUAAGAAUUCAGUACAAGCUCCGCCCAACCCGCCGCCGUGGUGGUGCAGUGGCUAUGGCGUCCUGCUGCUAAACUCGAGGCCGUGGCUUGGACUCCUUGCAGUGGCGGCCGCAUUCCGUUGUGGUGCUGAAAAAAAAAAAAAAAGCUCCUGUACUUUGAUUUGGGUGCACGUUAAAGAAACCUAGGUGGUCAAACUUGAUCCGGAGUCCUCCAUUACGGCGUCUCGCUUAACCCCACCGUUGCUUUGGAACAGUAAACCCCACCAGUCAAUCAUUAGACAGACUCUGCCCACAAAACCGUACUGCUUCUUCCUUAUGUGCAUCUGAUCUCUAAAAGAUACAAGUUCACCUCCGCUGUGACGCCGCGGUAACGCCAGGGUAACGAGCGAUUGUUUGGUUUUGCGCAUCUAUACAAGUUCUCUGGGAGUUGGACAGCUGGUCCAAGAUGGAAAGUUGGAGGAGUUGGUACAUAAGUACUCUUCUCUCUUGUGUAGUAUUUUUUUUUUUUUUUUUUUUGCACUGUGCGCAUCACUAUGCAGGGUAGCGGGGUAUUUGAAGUUGCAUUCUUAUGGCUGUCACCGGCUACAUGUGCCGCGCAAAGCAACUUAAGCCCGCGAGUAAUAGUAUGCAAACCAGCCGUUUUGCAGAAAAUCUCAAUUAUUCUUCGCGACGCAUGCAACAUAGAAUUGAGAACUAGGACCUACGAGUACGAUGCUAUGAGAACAUUGCACAAGAGGAGGAGAAGGAGGAGGAAGAAGAAGGAGGAGGAGGAGGAGGAGGAGGUUCUAUUUGCAGGUGGGUGUAGCCUUGCAGAGGCAUGUCGGCAAUUGCUCAGCCCGAGUGUCUUCGCGGAGCAGUUUGCUGUAGAAGAACGAGAUGGCGCUUUCGGCGGCGCGCUGCACGUUGCCGCAGCAAAAGCGCACGAAUACGAAACCACUAGUGAUUCUGCCCGGCUACUGUGCAAUCAGCUGUCCAAAAUGUAACUUGGUGUUCGCUAACGCACUGUGCUCCAUUUAUGCUACAAAAAUGUGUAAUGGUAGAGGGAAGACUUAUGCAAUACUUCGCUGCAAAAGCCGUGAUAGGCAUAUUGAAGAAUGGAAUGAAUCUGUGUGACCAAGUCCACGGACUGCUGCUACAUGAGGACUGCGUGUGUUGCCGACCUUUCGCGAUUCACGGCUUUCCUCGAGGAUUAAAGAAAGAAAAAAAAACUCAACCUCCAGCGUUGUGUCGCUAAUCUCCAAAGAAAUAACUUUGACCCCGGAACGUCGGUAAGAGGGAGUACCGCUCGUUCCACAGUGACAAAGGGAGUAGCGCCACUUCUUGGCCUAGUAACUUUCUUGCACUUUGUCUACGCACAUCAACCCCAACUCACACGUAAAUUUGCGCCCACUCUAUCGCCAACUUAUCAAAAACAAGUGGAUAGGCGCUCACUUGAGACAGUGCGUCAAAUCGCGAGUGACGCCGACUAAACCGUCAACAUACGAUUGUUCUAAGGUGAACGUUUCGUGACGGUCCACAGGGUAAGCGAGUGACUAGCGAUAAUAUGUCUUUGCUACAAGUUACUACAAAAUACCUAAUAUCUGCCUUCGAAGCCCUUGUGCACAAUAAGAACGAAUAUAUCGCAACUGAGCACACCCGCAAGCGAUUAGACUGAAAAUAAACGAUCAGAUAAUGACCCCACCGAGCAACGUUACUGAGUCAGAAACAUGACAAGCCACAGCUUCAAAGUGUUAGCCUACUGCAUUACGUGAUUGGUAACGAUAAGCAUUACUUUCUAAACACCGCUCGUUGAAUAAGUCAGAAAACUUCAGAAGGUUGCAGAGUGCUCGUGUGACAUUCCUACUGCACACUUAGGUCACCGAGAAAUUCUGAACUUAACCGACAACCACAGUCUGUAUACGGGUCUAAAUUACUCUUUUUUUUUUGUCUCUCCUUUCAAACUUCACUGUAGUGGUCGCUUCAGGUAACUUGCAUUCACACUACCGUAAACCGUUGUAGCUUUCUUACCGCGUGAAGUUGCCAGCCAAUCGAAGAGGCAACGUAAAGCCCCGAAUCACGGCUUGUUGUCCAGGCUUUUCGCCACAUCUUGCGCGGUUAGUUACGCCUUCACAACGAAAAGCGAUGGUUGAAGCAAUGCAAAGAAGCCGUAAUAAAGUAGUUCGUCAGUCAA